AUGUGUGGCAUCUUUGGAUACGUGAACUACCUUGUUGAUAAGUCACGCGGCGAAGUGAUCGAUUACCUUAUUGAAGGGUUGCAAAGACUUGAGUACCGGGGGUACGACUCGGCCGGGCUUGCCGUCGACGGCGAUGUCAAGGGCGAGAACAUCAUCAUCAAGACGCCCGGUAAGGUCAAAGUCUUGAAGCAAAAAAUCAUCGACGAAAAAAUUAAUCGUGACACGGUGUUCAAUGAUCAUGUUGGGAUUGCCCACACUCGUUGGGCCACCCAUGGUCAGCCUUUGGAACAAAACUGCCAUCCUCAUCGACUGGACCCCAGCGGUGAAUUCGUGGUCGUCCACAAUGGUAUCAUCACUAACUUUAAUGCUCUCAAGACCUUGUUGUUAGCAAAAGGAUUCAAGUUCGAGCUGGAUACCGAUACUGAAUGUAUUGCCAAGUUGUUCAAGCACAUCUAUGAUACCAAUGAAGCUGCGGGUGUUUCCCUUGAUUUCAACGACUUGACUAAGCAGGUUCUUCGUGAAUUGGAAGGGCUGUAUGGUUUGUUGGUGAAGUCUAAUCACUAUCCAGGCGAAGUGUGUGGUACUAGAAAGGGUUCGCCUUUGCUUGUCGGUGUUCGCACUGAAAAGAAGCUCAAAGUGGACUUUGUUGAUGUGGAAUUCCCCGAAGGUCCCACUGAGAUCGCUCCAGCCUCCCUUGUUGUUCCCACUCAGGAAGCGUUGCGUACUUCACAACUGCGUGCUUUCUUGGCCGACGACGGUGUUCCCAUGCCCGUUGAAUUUUUCUUUUCUUCAGACCCCGCCUCUGUCGUACAACACACCAAAAAGGUGUUGUUCCUCGAAGACGACGACAUUGCCCACAUCUAUGAUGGCGAAUUGCACAUUCAUCGCGCCACCAAGAAGCUGGCGGGUGAGCUGGCCCUGCGUCAAAUUCAAACUCUUGAAAUGGAAUUGGAUCAAAUCAUGAAAGGGCCCUACAAGCAUUUCAUGCAAAAGGAAAUUUUUGAACAACCUGACUCUACUUUCAAUACUAUGAGAGGUCGAAUUGACUUCGAGAACUCCGUGGUAACUCUUGGUGGGCUCAAGCAAUUCCUUCCCACAAUUCGUCGUUGCAGACGGAUUAUCAUGAUUGCUUGUGGUACAUCUUAUCACUCGUGUCUUGCUACUAGAUCAAUCUUUGAGGAGCUCACUGAGAUCCCCGUUCUGGUUGAAUUGGCCUCCGACUUUUUGGACCGCAAAUCGCCGGUUUUUAGAGAUGAUGUUGGUGUUUUCGUGUCUCAAUCGGGUGAAACCGCUGAUUCUAUUUUAGCUUUGCAAUACUGUCUUGAGCGGGGUGCUCUCACCGUCGGUAUCGUCAACUCUGUAGGAUCGCUGAUGUCAAGACAAACCCACUGCGGUGUGCACAUCAAUGCGGGUCCUGAAAUUGGUGUUGCGUCGACAAAAGCUUACACAUCCCAAUUCAUUGCGCUUGUAAUGUUUGCUCUUUCGCUUUCCAACGAUUCUAUUUCUCGGAUUGAUCGUCAUAAGGAAAUUAUUGCUGGCUUACAAAAAAUUCCUGAUCAGAUCAAGGAGGUGUUGAAACUCGAAGACAAGAUUAAGCAGUUGUGCGAUUCCACUCUUAACGAUCAGAAGUCUUUGUUGAUUCUCGGUCGUGGCUACCAACAUGCUACGGCACUUGAAGGUGCUCUUAAGAUCAAGGAAAUUUCGUACAUUCACUCGGAAGGUGUUCUUGCGGGUGAGUUGAAGCACGGUGUUUUGGCUUUGGUUGAUGAUCAAUUGCCUAUCAUUGCCUUUGCAACUAGAGAUUCAUUAUUCCCCAAGGUUGUUUCUGCGAUCGAGCAGGUCACGGCUAGAAACGGUAGACCCAUUGUCGUUUGCAAUAAGGGUGAUCUGAUUACUCAAAACUCAAAAAUCUUUGCUACCCUUGAGGUACCUGAGACUGUCGAUUGUUUGCAGGGUUUGCUCAAUGUGAUUCCCAUGCAAUUGAUGAGUUACUGGUUAGCUGUUAAUAGGGGUGAAGAUGUUGAUUUCCCUAGAAACUUAGCGAAAUCAGUGACUGUUGAGUGA